AUGUUUCCUCCACAAUCGCCUUCAUUAAGGUCAGUUGGAUCAUUCAACAAUUUGAAGAAAGGCAACAGGUUCGGCACUACUUCAACCACUACAACGAGAUCGAGCUCUCCUAUAAGAUCCGUCUCGUCUCAUUCCGAUGGGCAAUACCAUCACAGUAUAAAGAGUCGUAUUAUUAGAAAUAAUCCAAACAGUAAUCAGCAAACACAUGAAGCCUAUACCGGUAAGAUAAUAGUAGCUAUUAGACCUAAACCAAUAUCCAACAACGAGAAGAAAGUGUGGAAUAUAGUCGAUAAUAAAAGAAUAGCACAUGAUGAUGUUGGCGAGUUCAGAUUAGAUCGGAUCUUCGAUUGUGACGUUUCCAAUUUGGAAAUAUAUUCAGAGCUAUGUAAGCCAUUAAUCGAUAAAUUGGCAAUGGGGUAUAACGCGACUCUCUUUGCGUACGGUAUGACUGGUUCAGGGAAAACGUUUACUAUGAGCGGGACUCAAGAGGAUACUGGGUUGAUUCCAUUAUCGAUAUCACAUUUAUUCAAUACCAUUAAUGAAGAAAAUCUACUGGGGAAAAAAAAGUAUGAAAUGUUGGUAUCGUAUAUGGAAAUUUAUAAUGAGAAAUUGUAUGAUCUGUUAGAUACAAAUGUGGAAGGAGUUAAUUUUGGCUACAGUAGUAAUUUACAGACUCCGCCGAGGUUUGGUAAUAGUUUCAACAGUGCACAAGAUUUGAGGAUACGGGAUGAUGCACAAUAUGGUAUUAAAGUGGUCGGUUUAUCGGAGCACAGGUGUUCUUCAAAGGACGACUUAAUGAAAUGGGUUAGAAUUGGUGAUAAGAAUAAAAAGAUUAGUGAAACAGAAUAUAACUCAAGGAGUUCCAGAUCACAUUCGAUUCUGCUGGUGAGAUUAAUUGCAACUGAUUUGGAAACUGGAAUUGUGACGACAAGUACACUUUCGCUGUGUGAUUUGGCUGGCUCCGAAAAAGCAACAAGUCAACAAGAAAGACGAAAGGAAGGUGCAUUUAUAAAUAAGUCAUUGCUUGCAUUGGGUACUGUCAUUGCAAAGCUAAGUUCAGAAUCUAAUCAGCAUAGAAAUGCAGAUAAUGUUAACCACCAAGAAACCUCUAAUCCAAAUAACAGCCAUAUUCCUUAUCGUGAUUCUAAGCUGACACGUAUUUUACAACCGGCAUUAAGUGGAAAUAGUAUUAUAACCACUAUAUGCACUGUCGAUAUCCGAUCGGAUGCUUCUUCAGAAACAUUGAAUACCCUAAGAUUUGCUUCUAGAGCUAAAAAUGUAUCACUUCAUGUAACUAAAAAGCAAAAUGUCAGUAAGGAUGAAGAAAAAGAUAAACUAAUAUUUACUUUGAUACAACAGUUGGAAGAACAAAAAAAAUUAAUAGAUGAUAUGAAUGUCAAUAAAAUGAGCGGUAAUGUCUUAAAUUUUGAAAAACAUGCGGUACCUUUUGCAAAUGAGAUGGUAGCAAAUGCAAAUAGUGGCCCCAAUAAUAAUAUAGACACAUCAAGAACUGAAAAAAGUAAUAUCGUGGAUCCCAGUUAUGCCCUGUUAGAAAGUGAGAAUAAAGUAUUGAAGUUCAAAUUAGAACAUUGUGAAAACUUGUUAGAUAAAGAUAUUGUAGAGUUACAAGAUCGUCAAAUGAUUAACAUUGUUGAAAUGUUACCAGAUGGUGUAGGUACUCUGUUAGAAAUGAAAUUCCAAGGUCUUGAAUCGCAGAUCAGGCAAUAUAAAUUAUACACAGCAAACUUAGAAAAGAGACUAGCUUCGAAUAAAAAUGAUGAGAAUAGGCACAACAGUGGUUCCAAUAUGGUUAUUCCAAUCAAUAGCGCACAGGGGAGCCGUAUUGCUUCAAAUAACAGCGAUAUAUCCAUGGCUGAUAAUUGUUCUGAAGAAGACCCAUACGACAUAAUUAGGCAUAAGGAAGAGGAGAUAAAAGAGCUUAAGAAAGGGUUAGAACGCAAGGACAAAAUGAUUGAAGCCCUGCAAAGUGCCAGAAGGUUGAGACACCGGGCACUAAAACCACUAGCUGAAGCAAAUUUACUCUACGAAAAUGAGCAAGAGAAUAGAGGAUUUAAUAAUUUAGAAAGAUAG